UAAAGAUCAUCGCCUCGUAUCUGUCACGGAAUUUUGUGUCCUUUGAGUAGAGCUUUUGGGCCCGUUUGCAUUUUCUGAGCCAGGAUUCUGUGCUAUCUGUUCUCACUAACCAGGAACUCUAGACUCCCUACUCACUACAGUUUUCACGCUGCCACAAUUGACGACACGAGAAAUUGGCCGACUGUGUGAGAACCGCCCCUCAUGCCUUUCUCACACCAUAGCCAUUCGGGCCAGUUUUGCCCAGGACAUGCCAAGAACUCUCUGGAGGAAGUGGUUCAAACCGCAAUUUCCCAGAAGAUGGAGGUAUUUUGUCUGACCGAGCACAUGCCUCGACAUGAGGCAGAUCUCUAUCCCGAAGAGGUCGAAGCCCAUCUGACUGAAGAAGAAAUGGUUGUCAAUGAGGCUGCAUAUUUCAAGGAGGCCUCCAGACUGAGGGAGAAGUAUGCGUCCCAAAUCAAAAUAUUGAUUGGAUUCGAGAUCGACUGGAUCCGCCCCGAGUCUCUCACCCUCAUCGAGAAAUCUUUGUCCGCAUUCCCCUUUGAGUUUUUCGUGGGAUCUGUUCAUCACGUUCAUACCAUCCCGAUCGAUUAUGAUACCCCAAUGUACGAAAAGGCACGAGAAAUCGCUGGAGGGAGUGACGAAAAGCUAUUCGAGGAUUAUUUCGACGCCCAAUUCGACAUGCUGAAGAGGUUGAAGCCACCUGUUGUUGGCCAUUUUGACCUCAUCAGAUUGAAGAGUGAGGACCCAGAGAGGAGCUUCACCCAGUGGCCUGGCGUUUGGAGAAAGAUCCUGCGUAAUCUAGAUUUUAUUGCAGAGUAUGGGGGCCUGUUGGAACUCAAUUCAGCUGCCCUGCGAAAAGGGAUGAGUGAGCCAUAUCCGAAAGCAGAAAUCUGCAAGGAGUUCCUAGUAAGAAAUGGGCGUUUCUGCUUAUCAGACGAUAGCCAUGGAAUUGACCAAGUAGGGUUGAAUUUCCACCGUGUCAUUCAAUUUAUGGGGGAUACCGCUAUUUCAACACUUCACUAUCUGGAGCUGUCUGAUACGCAAUCUACGGAUCCUGUGGAUAGCCGAUUUCCACGGACAAGGAUACGGUCUUUGAGCCUUUCCGCGUUGAAACAGCUCCCCUUUUGUUCACCAUCAAUGAACAGAAACCAUCAAUAGGGUCUUUUCUGUCAUAGAGGCAGAGACACCAAUCCUAAGUUUAUUAUACGUGGGCCCUUCCAUGGACGGCAUGGACUCUAAUUUUUGCGCUGUGCGAUGGAGCACGCAUGACGGUACCGAAAUGGGAGAGACCGGAAGCCAGACUAGGCUACCUAGGGACUUGUCUUGAACGCAGCUAUUAUGGGACAAUGAUCACGAUAGUCAAGACAAGGGGCGAUACUACCAUCAGCAAAAGAGCAGUCAUUCGUAGACGACACUUCAUCCAUUGAUAAAUUCCAACGCUGAUAUCGAUUCCGGACGUCUCACAUAACAACUAACUAGACCUCUUGCGUAACAUUACGUUGUCGCGAGAAAACUGGAAAAGAUGAUUAGCGCUCUGAGGUGCAGAUGCUUGUGUGAAGUUCGCGGAUUGCCAGGUAGAUAUGAACUCUAGCUUCUGCUACUAAUAGCAUAGUAGGGUCUUUCGU